UGUAAACAUGCUGAGCACUUAGGUGUCUUUGCAAACGCCUGAAGAAAGAAAACUCAGCCUAGUCUAUGAAUGUACUGUGCAGAGGCUGCUGUUGAAUGUCUUUCAUUACUGAAGUGUGUUUUUAUUUGAUCUUCUGCGACUGAUCGCGGUCUUUUAGGCUGCUGUGAGAACAUUAAAGUCUAGUAAAGUUAGUGUUCAGCUAUUAGCGCGCGUCAGUCAUGGACUGCAGAGUACUGUCUGUACAGAGUCAUGUUGUCAGAGGAUAUGUGGGAAACAAAUCUGCAUCUUUUCCUUUACAGGUGCUGGGCUUUGAGGUCGACACUAUCAAUUCUGUGCAGUUCUCCAAUCACACAGGAUAUGAGCACUGGAAAGGGCAAGUGCUUACUGCAGAUGAAUUGCACGUCCUGUACGAGGGGAUCAAGCUGAACAACGUGAACCAAUAUGACUAUGUGCUCACAGGGUACUCUAGGGAUGAUUCCUUUUUGGAUAUGAUGGUGGACAUUGUACAGGAGCUGAAGAGGGCAAACCCGAACCUGGUGUAUGUCUGUGAUCCAGUGCUGGGUGAUAAUGGGGCUAUGUAUGUUCCUGAGAACCUGCUGCCCAUCUACCGGUGCAAAGUAGUUCCAGCUGCGGACAUCAUCACUCCCAAUCAGUUUGAGGCAGAGCUCCUCACUGGUAGAAACAUAAGUUCAGAAAAAGAUGCAGUUGAAGUUAUGAACCUGUUGCAUUCGAUGGGUCCAGACACCGUGGUCAUCACCAGCUCUGAUCUGCCCUCUCCUCUGGGGGAUCAGUAUCUGGUUGCUCUGGGGAGCCAGAAAAAAGUGACAGCUGAUGGUACCUUGGUGACUCAACAGAUCCGUAUGGACAUCCCCAGGGUGGAUGCUGUGUUUGUGGGAACAGGGGACCUGUUUGCUGCGAUGCUGCUGGCAUGGACACAUCUCCACCCAAAUGAUCUGAAGAUGGCCUGUGAAAAGACGGUUUCAGUCCUUUACCAUGUCAUUAAGAGGACCAUUACUUAUGCAGAAGAGGUGGCCGGUCCGAAUCAAAGGCCCAGUCCUGCUCAGCUUGAGUUGCGGAUGGUUCAGAGUAAAGCAGACAUUGAGGAUCCUGCCAUAGUUGUUCAUGCUGUAGUUCUGUAGUGCUUUAAUCUGAGACUCUGUACUAGACCGUAUGAAUGUCAUUCAUCUAACAGCAAGAGUUUACAAAUCACAAUACUUUGGAUGGUGGAUGACUUAUUUUUAUUCUUUUAUAACAACACUACUGAUCUUAGAAUUGAAGCUGGGAUGUCUGGUACUUCAUAGUGCAUUAGUGCAGGUACUGCAUCCAGAAACUAACAUGGUACCUAAAGUUAUUAUGUUCACAUUCCAGCCAUUAUGUGCAUAUGACUAUUAUUAGUAUUUUAUUAUGAUUUAUGCAUGUGUAUAUCUUGUGAAUUUAUGAUGAUUGAUUAACAUUAAGAAAAUGUCAUAUGAGUGUUGUCUAACAUUUGAUUUGAUUCAGUCAGUUAUAUGUAACAUAGUAUUCGAUCCCUUAGUCUUAUUUGAUCAGUAAAACUGUACAAGCCAGUCAGGCCAAGUGUAAGAAAAAUGUCUAUUAAAUAAUACAAAUCAAUUGUCUAUACCAAGAAUGUGCCUUGAAAAUGCUGCUAUAGUUUAUAUCAUACUAAAAAAAGUAUUUAUCGUUGUAAUAACUAACAAUAAUGGCCAUGGCAACUGAUAUAUUUUGACUAUUAUAAUAAAAUCCUUAAAUUUUUAUUCAC